AUGUACCUCUCAUUCUUUCCUCUUUUCAUCCUUUCUACUGCCCUUUCUGCCCCCUUCGCCGGUAAGCGGAAUGGUACACUCGUAUCUGGCGCGCUCUGGCAGUGGCUUGGGGACAAAGCUAAACUCUUUGCGCAUAUGGGCAUUACCCCUCAUGGCAAUGGAGAUGCGUAUGAUCUCUCGAAUUUUGGAGAGUACAUCAAGAAUUCGAAUGCUGAGAACGCUGAAACCAGGAUCAAGUACGGCACAGAGGAUCAACUGGAAGUGACGAUGAAGACGCUUCGCGAGAACGGUAUCGGCAUUUACCUGGAUGUGAACGAUCGACCUUACGAAGGUACAGCGGACCAAAUCAAAGGAUGCACCAAGUUCAAGUUCCCCGGUCACGCAGGCAAGUACAGCGACUUCAAAUGGAGCUUUCAGAGUUUCAUUGGCGUAGAUUGGGAUGACAAAAAGCAAGGAAAGCGAAUGUUCCGCGUUGCGGGUCGUAGAAAGAUGUGGGCGCAAAAUGUCGACGGUGAAAAAGAACACUGUAAAAACUCUGCCAAGUCGUGCGAAGUACACCUCGACAGCUUUACAGGCGAGCCCUCCUCCCACUUCGAUGCUGCGUUGCACUACUACUUUGAAGAGGCAGUUGAGGCAGGUUUGGAUUGUGAAUUGCUCAAUAUCCUUGAAGGGUCCAUCCGGCAAACGCGCCAAGAUGAAGCUAUCACACUCGUUAACAACCACGACACGCAGGCAGGCCAGGCACUCGAGCCACCCGUCCCACUGGCCUUUAUGCCUUUGGCAUACGCCAUUAUCGCUCUGUGCGAGAGCAGCACGCCCUGCGUCUUUGUCGGCGACCUCCACGGCUGCCACGGUCAGGUUAAAGAUCAACCUGAAUUGCUGAUCAUGCCAAAUCUUGUUACCCUUAUCGCUGCGCGUAGGCACUUCGCAUAUAUGAUGCAGAGGGAUUGCUGGGAGCACCCCAGCUGCAUCGGCUGGGCGCGGGGCGGUGACGAGCACGGGCACGAUGGCUGCAUUGUCGGGCUUUGCAUUGCGGAUGAGGGGGCACCAAGGGAUGGAGAUGGGGAAAGGGUACGAGGGUCAGCCAGGUCAAUGUGA